GUUUCAGAUAAUCUGCACAACUUUGGAAGUUUUUCGUUAACUUCAGAGAAAGAAAUGACGUUGAAGAAAAGAGCCGGGGAUCAUCAAGGAUUAUACAAAAGCUGAAGAAUGCGAAGCGAGCUCUUUUUCAAUGGCAUCUUGCGACUAAUAGUGGAUUCAGGGACUUGGUACAUUAGCUUGGAAUUUUUCGAUUACUUAUCAAAGGACAUCUCUAGCCAUUCUUUCACGUUGAUUCACAGUAUGCUUGUUAUGAUAGAAGAGGUUGCGCAUUUCUAUAAGGAUGCUAAAACGCCAAUGAGGGGGAGACAAAUACAACGGAAUAAUGCCCAAUAUCCUUUCGUUUCAUUAAUCCUGCUGUUUCUGCUUGGUUUUGCCUGGAUGAUUCAGCUGCUCAUUUGCAUUUUCUGUCACAAUCUAGUCGAUAAGAUUGUGGGUGCUUUAGCUGCUCUCUUUUGGCGCAGUAUCAUAUAUCACUCACUAUACCCUUACUUAAACAUAUAAACCACUGCAGGAUGCCUCACAUCGUAAAUGGGCGAUGAUUUGUCGAAGCUUCUUAUUGGGUUCGAUUUGGCUGCUAGUUAUCUGAGCAUAUCACUGUUAUUUGUUUCGUUUGCUUGAAAACUUUCUUUGCAAGCCUCAUGGAGCAGUAAGUCGUACAUAUGCUCCUGUACAGUAGUUUUACUGCUAUCAACGCUUCCGUUAACGUCUUUCUUCAAGCGGUUUCUCAGCACUGAAUUUCUGGC